CCCUCCCCAUGUAUCAUUUCUCACAUUUAUCCUCUAAUUUUUUCUUUUCUUUUCUUGAAAUCCACCCAUUAAUAUUUGCAUGUAGAGUCUGAUACCACCUAUCUCUCUCUCUCUCUCUGAAGCCAGAGAAAUAAUGGAGUCAUGUACUGAGGCUAACCAACGCAUUGCAAGGCUUGCUGCUCAUCUCCACCCUUCUAAUCUCCAGAUGGGGGAAAGUUCGAUUCUGCGACAAGCGAAUUGUAGAGCAAAAGGAGCAGCACCUGGAUUCAAAGUGGCAAUUCUUGGUGCAGCUGGAGGAAUUGGCCAACCUCUUGCAAUGCUAAUGAAGAUCAAUCCACUUGUCUCGGUUCUUCAUCUGUAUGAUGUUGUCAACUCCCCUGGUGUCACUGCUGAUAUUAGUCACAUGGACACCGGUGCAGUGGUACGGGGUUUCCUGAAGCAAGAACAGCUCGCGAGUGCUCUUACGGGGAUGGAUCUUGUGAUCAUACCUGCUGGUGUGCCUAGGAAGCCUGGAAUGACCAGGGAUGAUCUUUUCAACAUCAAUGCUGGCAUUGUCCGGACCCUUUGUGAAGGCAUUGCCAAGUGCUGUCCUAAAGCAAUCGUAAACUUGAUUAGUAAUCCGGUGAACUCAACUGUUCCGAUUGCAGCAGAGGUUUUCAAGAAAGCUGGCACUUAUGAUCCGAAGAGACUGCUGGGGGUUACGAUGCUUGAUGUCGUGAGAGCAAACACUUUUGUGGCAGAAGUUCUGGGACUUGAUCCAAGAGAAGUUGAUGUUCCAGUUGUUGGAGGUCAUGCAGGAGUAACAAUACUGCCUCUUCUGUCUCAGGUUAAGCCUCCCUGCAGCUUCACCCCAGAAGAAACUGAAUACCUUACCAAUCGCAUUCAGAAUGGUGGAACUGAGGUUGUUGAGGCAAAAGCAGGGGCUGGAUCUGCAACACUGUCAAUGGCAUAUGCAGCUGUCAAAUUUGCUGAUGCAUGUCUCCGCGGGAUAAGAGGAGACAAAGAUGUUGUGGCAUGUGCUUUUGUAGAUUCUCAGGUGACAGAACUUCCAUUCUUUGCAACUAAAGUACGACUUGGUCCAAAUGGGGCGGAGGAAGUCUAUCAACUUGGUCCCCUGAAUGCCUACGAGAGGGCUGGACUGGAAAAGGCAAAGAAAGAGUUAGCAGAAAGCAUUCAGAAAGGAAUUUCCUUCGCCAGGAAAUAAUCAAAGCCGCGCGAUUGCUAUAGAAAAUUAUGUCUCUUAAAUCAGCUGUAUAAUCCUUCCAUUAUGCAUAUAAACUUCCUUGAGAAAUCCCCUGUAAGAACCAAGGUAUCAAAUAAAUUGGAAUGGCUUGCUCUAUUUAUACCA